AUGCAGAGUCUAACACCGAUGUUUACCUUGACCACCCUUUUCGCAGUGCUUGCCGCUGUCCAAGCCGUGCCAGCUCCGAGACGUGCUGCAGCAGUGGUACCGCUCACCCUCACACUCGACAACUCGAGCAUCAAUUUCGACGUCGCGCAGACAGCCGAGGCGGCGCAGCCAUUAGACCCCCAAUUGAUCAGUCUAUCCAUUGAAUUUGGCAACGCUAUCGACUUCUUCGGCGACGUGGGCAAACCCAAUGAGUUCUCACGAAAGCUAUUGCAGAACGUUGUCGACAGAUCCGGAAUACCGCCAGUCGUACGCCUUGGAGGAAAUACUCAAGACAAAUGGGUGUACUGCGACAACUGCACGGCGGCAUUGAGCAGUAUCGUCGAAGUGAACCCCAACCAUCCAAUGAGCAGUGAAGCAGUCAACGUCACCGUUGGCAAGGCCUUCUUCCAGGCUUUGGAGGAAAAUGUGCCGCCAGCGACAAAGUUCAUCUUAGGUCUUAACCUUGGACACAAUAUCUACGAAAUCGCGCAGGCCGAGGUGGAUGCUUCUCUGAAGUAUUUCAACCAGUCCCGCAUCCUUGCUUACGAGUUAGGCAACGAACCAAAUGUCUACGGAGGCUACCCGCCCGUGCCGGCACGCUGGCGACCGAGCACGUGGACUGUCGUUGAUUACGCUCAGCAAAUGCUGAGUUGGAUACCUCGACUGAGAGCCAGGGCAAAGACGAACCCUCCCAGCUUUCAAUUCGGGUCAAUGAUUGGACCACCCACCCCUUUCCAAGAUUUCAGCUUGACCACGCUGGCCAGAAUGGGUGUUCCCCAGAAUAUUGGAGGCGUUAAAUACUUUGCCUCUCAUGGGUACCCAGAGAACGUCUGUACAAAGGAAGCCUCGGACCAGGUUCAGCUGACCAACUACGUAAACCAUCUCGAGACUGUUGGUUUCGUCUCGCAAUACCAAGGAGAGAUCGCCGCAGCAAAGUCGGCGGGCGCGAUCUUCCACAUAGGCGAGACCAAUAGCGUAGCUUGCCACGGCAAAGACGGCGUAUCCAACACCUUGGGUGCCCUGCUGUGGGAGAUCGACUACGCCUUAACUGCAGCGGCAGCAGGGGUAGAUCGCCUCUUCUUCCACAGUGGUGUUGGGGGUUUCUACUAUGCAAUGUGGGAACCGCUGCCGGUCAACUCUACAACACCUGCCCAUAUAAACCCGACGUACUACAGCAUGCUCUUUGUUGCCGACUUGGUUGCUGACCUGUCCCAACCCACCAUUUCUCGAAUCGUGAAGCUCGACACGUUCGACAUGGCACAGUACGCGAUUUAUGAGGAGAACAGGCUCCAGAAGCUUGUCAUUCUUAACACCCACUACUACAACGACACGAGCGAAACACGGCCAUCAAAGUUUGUGAACGUCAGCUCUGUCCUGGGGCCGAACAUCAAGUUCAGGCGUCUCACUGGCUCUGAGACUACUGCUAGGUCGGGUGUCACUUGGGCCGGACAAUCAGUGGAUGCCUCAGGAAACAUCGUGGGCAGACUGAUAACAGAACAUGCGUCCAACGGGCUGAUCCAGUUGCUUGCUUCAGAGGCAGUCAUCGUGGAGAGAAAUGGUACAAGUAGUUCUUAG